ACGUUUUGUUGUGGUUUAUAGUUGCUUCUCUUGAUUUCCUCUACAGUUGAGAAUGAGUGAGAAAGCAUCUGGUAUACAAACACUCAGCGAGUUGGCCAGCGCGCAAACCGAGGAGAACGAGGAUGAUGAAGAGGGGAAGGAGAUGGAGGAUGAAGAGCCCAGGGUGUGUGCAGUGUGUGGCGAUCUGGCCAAGGGUUACCACUUCAAUGCUCUGACGUGUGAAGGCUGCAAAGGUUUCUUUAGACGUGCCAUAAAGAGGUCAUCACAGCUCCACUGCUCAUUCCUGAAUGAAUGCAUUAUCACAAAAAACAACCGGCGGUCGUGUCAAGCCUGCCGCUUCCAUAAAUGCCAGGCCAUCGGGAUGUGCAAAGAGAUGGUCAUGUCAGAGGAGGAGAUCUUGAAGAGAAGAAUCCGUAUAAAGGAGAAAAAGAUGUGUGAUGUCAUCAUGCAGCUUUCACCCAAACAAGAAAAAAUCAUCCAGGAGCUUUGUUCCAACCACCACAGCACAUUUGACUCGGCGUUUUCUCGCUUCACUGGCUUCAGGCCAAUGGACAGAGAGAGCCUGGCAGAGAGCGAGCAAAAACAGUCACAUCUAUUGAUGAUCUGCCCAACAAACACCUGUACUCCAGAUGGGAAAUCCUCCCAUGACCCCACAUCAUCCUCAUACACCUGCUCCCUCUCUUCCUCAUACUCGUCUCCCUCAUCAUCUGGUUUCUCUGGCUUCUCUAGAAAACAAGAGGCCUGCAGAAGUGACAAAAACUACAGAGUUUACACCGCUCUUCCACAUAUGGCAGAUCUCACAACCUACAUGAUUCACGACAUCAUUCGAUUUUCCAAAAGUCUUCCAAACUUCAGGUCGCUGACUAUUGAGGAUCAGAUAUCUCUGCUGAAGGGAGCCACAUUUGAAUUAAUGCAGAUUCGCUUCAACACGGUGUUCAACGUGACAACAAGCAACUGGGAAUGCGGCCACUUAACAUACUGCAUCCACGACGGUGUGCGAGCUGGUUUCCAGCCGCUGCUUCUGGAGCCCAUGUUCAGAUUUCACCAUAGACUACGCAAACUGGACCUGCACGAGGAGGAGUACGCUCUCUUACAGGCCAUGUCGUUGUUUUCUCCAGAUCGUCCAGGAGUGCAGCAACGCAGUGUGAUUGACAAAGUCCACGAAGAGUUGGCGCUCACACUCAAAAUGUGGAUCGACUGCAAGAGGACAGGCCCCAAAAAACAUCUGCUGUACCCCAAGGUGAUAUCCUGCCUGACAGAGUUGAGAACAAUGACAGAGGAGUACAGCAAGCAGAUCCUGCAGAUCCAGGAUGUCCAUCCUGACACCCUCUCUCCUCUCAUGAGGGAGGUGGUCGGUAAAACCUCCAGUAACGAUGGGUAA